AUGGAGAGGAAGCCGGGCGGCGAGGAUGACUGCGUGGACUCGGGAGCCGAGACAGGAGGAUCUGAGUACAGCCGCAUGUCCUCUACAAGCAGUGAACUUUCUGUGGAAGACAAUCAGGACCCUUUCCUUGUUAGUAUACAUAUCAUCGCAGACCCUGGUGAAUCCAAAGUUCUACAGCAAGCCAUUGAUAAACUGUUAGCAUGGAUCCAUCCAGACCUCCAGUUGUUCCGAGUCUCAGAAAGACGGGUCUCAAGGAAGCACAGGAAGUCUGGUAAGGCUGCUGUUUCUCAGCCAGCCCUUGCAGUCAUUCUGUUUCUGCAGGAGGAAUAUGGAGAAGAACCAAUCUUACAGCUCCAUGAAACCUUUCAGAGACCACCUUGGCAUUACCACCAUACAGAACGAGUGCAAGGCAAGUUCCUCCCUUACAUGCCAUGCAGUCAGGACUUCUUCACUUUGGCCCAUGGGACCCCUUUGUGGGCCAUCCGCCCAGUGCAUUAUGGGAGAGAAAUUAUCCGCUUUGCCAUAUACUGCAGGAAUGAAAACUUUAUUGACAUUAUGAAACUGUACCAGUUAAUCCUGAAAAGACCGGUGUGUCAGAAAAAGGCGGACUUUUGUGUCUUUCCUGUCUAUUCUAACAUGGAUAUAGACAUUCAGUUCUCUUUAAAAAGACUCCCUAAGGGCCAGAUUCCAACCCCUACAGAGUCAGCAGUGCUGGAAUUCCGAGUAGAAGAUGUUGGACAGCUUGUUCCUCUCUUGCCCAAUCCUUGUAGCCCAAUCAGUGAAGGCAGGUGGCAAACAGAAGACCAUGAUGGGAAUAAGAUCCUCUUGCAGGUGGAAAUUUCCUUUCUUCUGUCAACAUGCAAAAAGUUAACUAGCAGCCCUGGAUUCUUCUCAUCAGAUCAGGCACGUAUUUGGUAUAGGAAGUCUGCUAAGCAGAACAAGCUUCAUUUCCCAUCUUCAAGGGAUUCCCGUUUCACUCCUUCACCAAGCUACAUUCUUCACAGUCACAGACCUGCCCCUGAUCAAACUAGUGAGCAUCUGAACUCAGCUGGUCAAAUCAAGCUGCAUCGGGCAAAUGGCCUUGGUCAGUACCUUGGCAUCUCCCAGCAGGACUUGAGAAAUGGUGACCGAGGAGACUUCACCCGAAGAUCCAGUAGUGCCUCCAGCAUUUCAUGGUCAUUUCAGCGAAGCAAGUCUCUGUUCUGCUUGCCCACAACAAGCUCCUCUCCGGCCUCUGACUCCUUUAACUUUAGUGAACCGUUUCAGAAUUUAAAUACUGGGUCACCUGUGAACAGGUUAAAAACAUGGAGAUGCAGCCCCAAGCUUAACAUUGAGGACUUAGAGGGUUCACAGGAGACUGAUGUCGACACAGGGAUGAAGCUGUCCUUCUCAGAUCUGUCUGUGGUCUCAGCCUACUCUACCUUUAAUGGAUUUUGCAGUGAUUUGGAAGCUACUCUUCCCUCACAAAGGCAAAGUGUCAGUAUAUCUAAACAGGCUGUCUCCAGGGGAAGGCCGUUGUCAGCCAUUUGCAGUACCCUUGAGCUCCCUAGUGGUUCACUUCCAUCUCUCUCCGAGUGGUCUUCCAGCUCUUUCUUGUCAUCUUCCGCAUCCCCCUUAGCAUCUCACUGCCAACUCAGACAGUCACCAAGAGCAACCCCUUGUUCUCUGAAUGAUAGGAAAACAACUGGCAGCAUUCAUCCAGGCUCUCCAACCAACGAGGAGGAAUUCUACAUCUGA